AUGUCUACGAAAACGCCCGCGCCAUAUUCAUGGUAUUAUGACAUCGCAAAGCUGAGUGGUGAACGACCAGAGCUCCUCAACGGUAUUUUCGGGACGAAGCCAUCGUCGAUCAGCGAAUACAAUGGCACCUCGUUGGCCUGCGCCGGUUCGCCCUAUCGGCUGGUCUGGCUGGCAGAAAAUCCAGACGAACAAUGGAGCGUCAAGGCCGAACGCGGUCAGCAAGGUGGCUCAGUCAGCAAUAUACUUCGACAUUACGCCAAAGAUAGCGCACCACAUUGGCAAUUUGCGUCAACCGGUAAACAAGAGUUUUUCGGUGCACACGACGCUGUCAACGAUGCCGUGGCCACAUUACUCGGCUCCAUAGGCUGUGUCAUCGACUACGCCAGCCGUUCUGGUGUGACAGACAAGAACAACUCGCCCACGUCAUGGGAUUCAACGCCACACACCUUUGCCUUUCCAUGGCAUAUCAUAUUCCUGGACUGCAAGGGCGCGAACUUGCCGGACGUCACGCGAUCAUUCGGUUUUGCACACUUGUCUUCUGCCGAUGUUCGCAACGUCCCAUAUAAGUCAUGGUACCUGCACAUCAAGACUGGCGAGGUUAUCAACGCGCGUUAUAAAAAACAGCGUAUCAAGUUACUGUCCGCUCCAAGUCAUCGACAUCUAUGGUUCACGACGAAACACACAAGUUUCGAACAGAUGAAGUUAGCUGCCGACAUUGCAAAAGCAACAGUGAGGCGAGAUUUCUACCAUGGCCGGCGUCAAGUUCUCCCAUUGGCUCUGAGAGAGGAGGCCAUACGGAACAAAUUUUGGCGGAAAUGUGUGACGAGAGACGUCGUAGUCACAAGGUUGGAACUGACCAGACAGGUCAUCGACUUCAGGGCCAUUUUCGCCUCCAGUGACCGCACAUACGGACAAUACAGAAAUAUCGCCUGCGAUCGGUUGGUACGGAUCAUGGAUUGUAUCUUCCAGAACGUGACCAGGAUUGAGAUGGUAUACGACCGUCUCACCCUCCGUUACCCAGGCACGGAGUUCCGCGACAUAGUCACUGUCAAGGUCGAUAGCCAAGCGAAGAAGAAGGCCCGCGAUGAAAAGAACAUGGAGAAGUGGUCAGAGAUCAAUGAAGCGGCCUGGAGGUACUUGCGAGUUUCUUAG